AUGACAGACUGGACAGAUGCAGAGUACACGCUCUACUCGUCACCAUUCUCCCUCUACUCCAUGAUGGCUCGUCACACGGUCCAGCUUGGCCCCACGACACACAACGCAAUGCCACCCAAGAGUAUCGCGUUGAGCUUCGUCAACCACAAAGCUCACGAGAAUCUAAGCGAGGUGUACCUGAAGGUCAACCCAAAAGGGCAGGUUCCAUCCAUGACUGGCAGUCUUCUUGAUCAUACCCUUACGGAUAGCUAUUCCAUUUCGCUUCAUCUGGCGGAGAAGCAUUACUCAGCCAUGCUUGGUGGUUCGCAUGAGGAUGUCGUCAGGGAUCUUUUCGAAAGGCUUCAUGCUGUGUAUGGUUUGUCGAUUAGCAACAAUAACCCAACCCCCGAAAUGAUCAAGCAUAAUCCUUCGCCGGUGGAAAAGAUCCUCGAAAGGGAUGAUAUCAGCGCUGAGUAUCGCAAAGCUCUUGAGGCCAAGCUUGCAUUUCAUAACAAAUACAAUGGCGUGGCCUUCCACCCCGACGUGGUAGCUGAAAACCGGGCAGAUGUCCAGAGAAUCUUUGAGGAAGUUGUGGAACAUCGCAGGAAGAGUGGUACUAUCAGCCAGGACGACGAAUGGACUUUUGGUGCGGAAGUCGGGCCGACCAUUCUCGACAGCCAUAUUCUUCCUUUUGCUCUGCGCUGCAUGGAAGUUGGAAAUGGUUUGGUUCCCCCAGAGCUACAGCGAUGGGCAAAGGCUAAGGAAAAGAGUCCUCUGUGGUACAAGGUGAUGCGGGGUAGGCCGACAACAUAUCAUCCUUCCAUGGGCCCUGUUGCGGAGAUGCAGGACAUGAUGACUCUGUAG